GAGAUCACAGGGCGGGGCCAAACCUUAAAGGGUCCGGGAGCUAAACAAGACCGGAGGUGGCGGUGGUAGUGACGGCUGCGAAACCCAGGGAAGUGAUGCCACGUAGCCCCAAGGGGGUUUCUUAUAAACUUCUCUAAUGACUAUACUUUAGUGUCAGGCCCAUGGAGCCCACGAGAAACUAUCCACUCUUCGGGGGUGCCUUCUCCGCCAUCCUACCCACCAGGGCCAUUGAUGUAAGCGACCUCCGGCCGGUCCCAGACAAUCAAGAAGUUUUCUGCCAUCCAGUGACCGACCAGAGCCUAAUCGUGGAACUUCUGGAGCUGCAGGCCCACGUGCGGGGCGAAGCGGCUGCGCGGUACCACUUUGAGGAUGUUGGCGGGGUGCAGGGGGCUAGGGCUGUGCUAGUGGAAUCUGUACAGCCCCUCGGUUUGGAAAACUUAGCCCUGAGCAGCUGCUGUCAAGAAGCCUGGGUCCUCUCAGGCAAGCAGCAAGUAGCUAAGGAAAACCAGCAGGUAGCAAAGGAUGUGACAGUGCAUCAGGCCUUGCUGCGGCUGCCUCAAUACCAGACUGAUCUCCUGCUCACCUUCAAUCAGCCCCCCCCUGACAACAAUAGGUUAUCUCUUGACCCUGAAAAUCUGUCACUGCCACCCUGGAGCCUCGGUGACUUCGAACAGCUGGUUACCAGUCUGACCCUACAUGAUCCCAACAUUUUUGGUCCCCAGUAAAGACGCUGAAGCAUGAUGCUGGUGAGGAAGUGGGGAUGGUGUACUGUUUAGGGACAAAGAGGCCGAAUAUCAGAGUUUCCUCUUAUUUCUGCCCUGUGACAAGCAAUGACAUCUCUGCAGAAAUAAACUUGCUUUAUGAUCAA